UGGUAACCCCCAGAGAAUACCAGAUCGAAGCCCACGAGUUCCCGGUAGAUACGUUCCACGUCAUGUCAGUCCCCAGCUCGCCCAUAGGCCCGUCGUCGGAGCCGCUGUUCCAUGCCCCGAAUGUGUUGGAUGACAUGCACCGCAAGCAGCAAGAACGCUCCAGCAAGCACACGCUUCCAUGGUCUUCAUCGCCAAUCCGAAGAGACGAGCCCACGAUCCACAGCGCCUCGCUCUCGUCGCCACGAAGUCGCAGCUACCACCACCAUUCGUCCCCCAGCCGCAACGGCCAUACCAGUGCAGGCAAUAUGCGCAACAAGCACAACAAGGUCAGACAGUUCAGAAACCAGCACAGGCAAGAGAAAUUGGAGGGAAGGCGACACAUCCUCCAUGACGCGCAGGUGUACUCGGAGUUCUCGCAGUCCCAGUUGCGGCAGUUCGAGGAGGUGGAACUGCACCUCGAUUUGGACCAGCUAAUCGAGGAGGAGCGCCAGGCCGAGGCUGAGUACGAAGAGGAGCAGGAGGACUACGAGGCGUAUAUACGACAAUAUGAGAACGAUCUCGAGGACUUCGAGCUCCAGGAAGAGUUGGAAAUGGCAGAGUUGAUCUCCCGAAUGGACAUUGGAGACAAGAGCUAGAGUGGAUGAGCCACCGGUCUAGCUGCGGCUGGCCCGCAAGUGGAGCAUUCUAUCCAGCUGUGUGCGCUUCAGUAGUCUCUGCCAGAAACUAAUGUCCCAAUGAAGGAAACACUAGGGGAGAGUGCUACGCAGAGGGAAGACCCACAAAUCCCGUCCCAGCGAGUCCUUUUUCGCUCGAGAGCUAUUAACCAGCUUGGCCUCCUACCUCGAUAGCACUUCUUCCAGCUUCUGGGCCGUGAGUGCUUGAAAUCCUGCUGACCUAAUUGUUCUUGUUACAUCCAGACCGUUUGAGAGUGAUCGUAGGCGAUGCUAUGCACGUCAAGGAUCUAGUGUUCUGAAAACCGAUUUACUGCUUUGAAACCUCACUGCUGGAGGGGCAGAGGAAUAGCAAAUAAUCCAUAUAUCGAGGUGGCCCAUCCAUUAAUAAUACAGAUAUCAAAACUCUAGGUAAUUUAUAUAACCCAUAAUAGAAAGCAUUUCCUAAGUA